GUGAAGUAGUAGUUUGUUAAUUUCAACUUGGUGAAGUGAAUCGCAAUGUCAAUUUUGAGCAACAUAGCAUUCUCAAACUGAUAUCAAAUCAAAGUCACACUAUCAUUUUCCUCACUUGAAGAGAGUGACAGAGUCAAACAUGGAUCUGAGUUUUCUCAUUCACGCUCUCAUUCCUUCUUGGAACUCUGUUUCUUUACUCGCAGGAUUCUUCACUUAUUUGGCCAUUGUUGGAUCCAUUCUCCCUGGAAAACUUGUUCCUGGUGUUCUUCUUUCUGAUUCAACUCGUCUUCACUAUCACUGCAAUGGUCUACUUUCGCUUUUUCUGUUGGUUGGACUUCUUUGGAUCAGUGCCAAGAUGGAAUUUGUAUCUCUUACUGCUAUAGCAGAUAGAGGACUUGAGCUGCUGUCUACAACUUUUAUCUUCAGUUUUCUUGUGGCCCUGGUACUCUAUUUUUCCGGUUGCAAGUCAAAGAGUAAAGGUUCAUCGCUAAAACCUCAUAUCACUGGAAACCUGAUACAUGAUUGGUGGUUUGGAAUACAAUUAAAUCCUCAGUUCAUGAGUAUUGACCUCAAAUUUUUCUUUGUUAGAGCUGGAAUGAUGGGGUGGCUACUUAUCAAUCUAUCAGUUCUUGCUAAGAGCAUUCAAGAUGGUACUUUGAGCAAGUCAAUGAUUCUCUUCCAGCUAUUCUGUGCACUAUACAUCCUGGACUACUUUGUACACGAAGAGUACAUGACAUCCACAUGGGACAUAAUUGCAGAGAGAUUAGGCUUCAUGUUGGUCUUUGGAGAUUUAGUGUGGAUUCCUUUUACUUUUAGCAUACAGGGCUGGUGGCUUUUGAAGAACAAAGUUGAGUUAACAACGGCUGCAGUUGUAGCUAAUUGCUUUGUCUUCCUUAUUGGAUACAUGGUAUUUCGAGGAGCAAACAAGCAAAAACAUGAUUUCAAGAAGAAUCCAAAGGCUCCUAUUUGGGGUAAACCUCCAAAAGUCAUUGGAGGCAAGCUACUUGCUUCUGGUUAUUGGGGUGUUGCUAGACACUGUAAUUACCUAGGGGACUUGCUGCUUGCUCUCUCUUUUAGCUUACCUUGUGGCAUCAGUUCACCGGUUCCAUACUUCUAUCCAAUUUAUCUUCUCAUUCUGUUAAUCUGGAGAGAAAGAAGAGAUGAAGCUCGUUGUGCAGAGAAGUAUAGAGAUAUAUGGUUAGAGUAUCGUAAACUUGUUCCAUGGAGAAUUUUGCCGUAUGUUUAUUAGUUUCACCAUUAAUCUCAUCUUCCACAUGGUGUUAAUCACUUUGAUGUAGAUGGAUUCUUGUAGUCCCAAUGCAUACAUGUUCUGUUCGUUGUAUUUGUACUAGGUAGUUUUGCUCACCAUAUUCCAUUUUUGGUUACAUUACCAACUUGUUUAUCUGAUAGAUAAUCUUAGUUAGUUGUGGAAUUAGGUAACAAUUGUUUCUUUUGGCAUAUACUAUGCGAUACAGCGAAAAACAAUUGAGAUCUAUAUUUGUUAACCA